UUGGGACUUGGGAGAUUUCUGUACAGUUGAUGCCCAAACCAUCGCUCCAAUCUGCUCCAGUCCUCGAUCGGGAUCAAGAAAAAAGGGAGAAAAUCGCAAUCUUGGUAGUCGGCGCGGUCGAAUUCAGCGGCUGCGGCAGAUCAUCUGCUGCCGGUGAUUCCGAAUGUCGCCGCCGUUUUAUCCAAAACGCGCACCUGGCUUCAGGAUCCCGUGCAGCAGCAGCAAGCGUCGCCGCCUCGCGCCCCCCGGAGCGCGGCCUUGGGCGUCGCUGCCCGAGGAUCUGGUGCAGCUUAUUGGGUGGCGGGUGCUGGCCGGCGACCUGCUAGACUACGUCCGCUUCCGCGCCGUCUGCAUCCACUGGAGCUCCAGUUCCGUCCGCCCGCGCGGCCGCGGCCUCCUCGACCCGCGCUUCCACCCGCGCCGCUGGAUGAUGCUGCCCGAGGGCCACGGCCUCUGCCCCGGCCACCCCAAUCUCGGUGGGUACGUGCGCUUCUUCAACCUCUCCACGGGCGUGUUCGUCCGCGUCCACCUCCCGCUCUUCGAUGACCACAUCGUCCUCGACUCCACCGACGGUCUCCUCCUCCUGUACCGUCACCCCGACACCGCCAUCCGCCUCCUCCACCCAUUCACCGGCGAAAUCGCGGAGCUCCCACCGCUGUUAUCCCUCCUGCCGCAGAUAGAACCCCAUGCGCGCAGCUGCAUGACCGAGGAUAUGGAGCUCAGCAUCUUCCUCAGGGGAAUUUGUGCUGCCGUUAACGUCAGUGCCACCGGGGCCAUCACUGUCAUGCUAGCCCUUGACAUGAUAAAGAUACACCGUGUGGCCUACGCCACCGCCGGCGACCAGCAAUGGUCUAUUUCGGCCUGGAAGCUCCCACCUUUGCGAACACAAGCAGUGUCUUUCCAAGGCAAACUUUACGUGAUGUCGCAGCAGUCUGCGAGUUACCAACACAACAACAAGGUAUAUAUCUACCAGCCCGCGAGUCAUCAAGACAACGACGAGGUAUAUAUCUACCAAAUUGAUCGGCCACAACCGAACGCUCAAGGUUCACACUCGCUGUCUCUGCCGCUGCCAGUGAUGAUCGCCGAGUGCCCACUGGUCGAAACUAUCAGCAUAGUCCACCUGGUAGAAUGUGGCUCGGACCUCAUGCUUGUUGGCUUCAACCACACUUCAGAUGCACACCUGGUGGUUUACAAACUCAAUGAUCUUAUCAGCGGAAGAGUUGUUCCUGUAAAGAACAUCGGUGAGCAUGCUCUCUUCGUUGAGGAAAGGGGUGUGUGUGUCUCACCGAACAAGGUGCUCCCUUCUGUUUUGGGAAACUCUAUCACCUGCAUAAAUAGAGCACCAACACACAAUCCACAGGUGGAAACACGUGAUCCGCGACAAAGCUGCCCGCGUGUUGAGCAAUACCAUCUAAGUAGUGGCACCUGGUCUCUAGCCAUGGAUGGAGACAUUCUAUGCAUGGAUAGAGCCCCGGCGAGCCCUUACAUGCUCGCCCAUCAUAUUUUCACCUGUUGCUCCCGCGGUUAUUGGAAUAAAGGACUCAUAUCGUGCGCAGCAAUAAGACCUAAUUGGUCGGUGAAGCCAAAUUUGAGGAUUAAGGAUUGAUGGAUGGAUGGACUCUCAUGGUACAUCGAUGACGUUUGCCAAAGGGUGCAUACUUUUAACUUAUCGACAGAAGUGUUAACACACUUCUGCCCUUAUAUCUGCUCCACUGCAGCUCUAGUUAUAUACACUCUAUAGUAGUCAUGUUGUACAAUAUUGGUGCAUGUGGUCGUCCAGUCUACUUUCUGUAUCUUUGACACAUACACUUAAUACAUAUAAGUUAUUCAAUUUAAACAGAUAAGCACUCUGGCAGUGGCGGAGCUUGAAUAGAAAGUAGCAGAGGUCCAAUUGUUUUAAUUUCUUGUA